GCUUCUUGCUGGAAUCGAGGAAGUGUUGGUGGAUACUUUUUAGCGGGUCGCUCAAUGAACUGGGUCUUGGUCGGCUCAUCGCUGUUUGCCAGUAACAUAGGAUCCGGACAUUUCAUUGGACUUGCAGGUGCUGGUGCAGCUUCGGGAAUAGCGAUAGCCGUCUUCGAGAUAAGUGUUUAUACAAUGCCGGAGUAUCUGAAGAGACGCUUCGGGGGAACCGGACUGCAGUUUUAUCUUGCAUUCAUGGCUCUUUUUCUGUACGUGUUUACGAAAAUUUCGGCGGAUUUAUAUGCUGGCGCAAUAUUCAUUGAUCAAGCCGUAAAAAUCAAUCUCUACUUGGCAAUUAUUAUUCUUCUGGUAAUUUCCGGACUAUUCACCAUUUUGGGUGGACUGACUGCGGUGAUAUGGACAGACUUUAUUCAGACCAUCUUGAUGAUGUGUGGAGCAUUCUAUUUGAUGGUUGUAGCCUUCAUACGCGUUGGUGGAUUUGAUUCAAUGGUUCAGAAAUACUUCGAGGCAGUUCCAAAUACUACUCGUCUCCUUCGUGGCGAAGGCGUCGUUUGGAACUCAACAUACGCGCUGGAUAAUCCAUAUCCUCCACCGGUAGAUAGAAAAUACCGAGAAUGUGGUAUUCCGGCACCUGACGCAAUGCAUAUGUUUCGCUCUGUGGAUGACCAGGACCUUCCUUGGACAGGUGUCAUAUUUGGUUUGACAAUCAGUAACGUUUGGUACUGGUGCACGGACCAAGUCAUUGUUCAGCGUACACUGUCUGCGAAGAAUCUAACACACGCCAAGCUAGGAUGUUUACUGGCCGGGCUGCUCAAACUGCUCCCAUUAUGGCUUCUCAUCUUCCCCGGCAUGAUUUCUCGUAUUCUGUACAAAGACGAAGUUGGAUGCGGCGAUCCAGACAUAUGCCAGAGGGUUUGUGGCAAAACAUCAAGCUGUACGGACAUCGCAUAUCCUCGCCUUGUACUUCGACUACUACCCAUGGGUGCCAAAGGCUUGAUGCUCGCCGUGAUGAUCGCCUCUCUGGUAUCAAGCUUGACCAGUAUAUUCAACUCCAGCUCUACUCUGUUCACAAUGGACAUUUGGCGACGUAUACGACCAAAGGCUCGUUCAGCCGAACUGAUGAUUGUGGGACGAAUAUCUACCCUCGUUCUUAUUGGGGUUUCAAUAGCAUGGAUUCCAGUUGUGAAGUCUAGCAGUGCACUGUUCCACUACAUCCAGUCUGUUACCAGCUACCUUGCACCUCCAGUCUGUGCGACUUUCUUAAUGGCAUUGUUUUGGAGCCGAUUCAAUAGACCGGGGGCCUAUGGGGCUUUGAUGUCUGGCCUCGUGGUUGGACUGAUUCGUUUCAUCUGGGAAUCAAUAGUUCCGCGUGCAUCCUGUGGUACAAGCCAAGGAAACUCAACAGCAGAGAUGUUCAUUAGUUCAAUCCACUACCUGCACUUUAGUGUGAUAUUGUUCGCACUUAGCUCAUUUGUGGGUUGGGCCGUAAGCAUAAGCACGAAACCUCCACCUCCGGAAAACGUUGAGGGGUUGACAUUUUGGAGUCGGUAUCACAACAAGAAGCAAGCGGUUUCUUCCGGUGAAACAGUGAGAAGUGGUGGAGACGAGCAACCGAACUCGCAUGUAGACCACUUACACGCUUAUGCUGACAUGCAAAUGGAUGAUACGGAAAGUGAGCCGUCCGUAAAGCACAGACCAUGGUAUAUGAAAAUAGUCUACUGGAUUUGUGGAAUUGAGACUAACCCAAAAGAAGAUCGCGAAACUGUGAUUGAAGAGCUCACGUUAAGCAUCGACGAACGUCCGAAAAUGGUGCUGCUCACCGACAUCUGCGCCGCCGUCCUUUUGGCUGCUGUUUCCUUCAUGUGGGGCUUUUUUGCCUAACAGCAAAAAAGGAGAGGGCGGUGCUUGACUAGCUAGAUUUGAACUUCCCCGCACAACUUCAUGUUUGCCAACCUUGUUUCCUUUCAACCCUGCUUUUUAAUCUGUAUCUGAUAAUAAUUCUC